UGUCAAAUAACGUCAACGACAUAAAAUCACGUUGGUUUUAGGUUAUUUAGAUUUUGUAUUAUUUUAGAAAUUAUUACCCUGUAGCACUAUGGGAAAAGUUAGAAAGCGUAAGCCAAAUAAAUCUCAAAGUAACACAGUAGCAGAUGUUUCCGAUGAAGAACUGCCGGUUGAUUCGAAGGAAAAUGUUAUUCAAACAAUAUUGGAUCAACUACAAGCAGCAAAUGUGGAAGAGAAAUACUGCGGUUUGCAAACUUUUGCGUUUAUUAUAGAAAGUCCGGAAAAUAUAGAGCAGGCGAUAGAGCGGGGAGUUGUUAAAGCUGUAGGUCCAUUGUUACUGGAUCCUGCUGGGUCAGUCAGAAAUGCUGCAGCAGGUUCAUUGCGUAAUCUGUCUGCGGUUCAGCUCGAAGUAUGUGAUUCCUUGAUGGAACAAGACAUAAUGACGCCUUUAAUAUGUUGGUUUGAGAAGCAUGCUGAUAACUGGACCCCGGAUAAUAAUUCUAAGACAAAAUUGGAGGAUGUCGAUACUUUCAUUCAAUGCAUAAAUCUUUUACUUAAUCUAUGCGAGAGUUCAGAAUUGGCUGUAAAAUAUUUAGGACAAUCGAGAAUUUUAAGCAUAUUACUUCCAAGAUAUUUAGACAUUGGUACAUUUGGUUGUGACAUUGUAUCAUCAGUACUGCAAUGUUUGUUUUUGAUAGAAAAACAAAAAUCCGGGUCAAUAGCCGAAUUGGGAGCAACAGUUUUGCAAAUUACCGUGGGUUAG